AUGGAAAUGCAGAGGGAAAUCACGGCUAGAGAAGACCGAAUCAGUAAUUUGCCCGACGCAAUUCUAAUUCACAUCCUCUCAAUGUUGCCGGGGUGGCACAAUAAAGAAGUUCUGAGAAGCAGCGUAUUAUCUAGACGAUGGAGAGAGCUUUAUUAUUGGAGGAAUUGCCAGAAAAUCCGAUCAUUCAGGGUCUGGCGCCUUAGGUACGAGGAUCGAUUUGCUAAAGAUAUUGAUUUGUGGGUACAUUUUGCAAUUAAAGUUGCUAAUGUUGAAAGUUUUGAACUUGGAAUUAUCGAUACGAAUCGCCAAAGAUAUGAGCUUCCUCAAUUUGCAUAUAAAAAUACUUCAGUGAGGAAUUUGGCUUUAUGGUACUGCCAAGUCAACCCUUCUGGUAGUGUUAACUGGAGUAGUCUCGUUUCUCUUUCAUUUGGGUGCCUGGAAUUGACGGAGGGUGUCAUAGAAAAAGUAUUAUAUGGUUGUCCUAACUUGGAGCGCUUGAACCUUGAAGGUGUUGGGGGAAUUCAUCAUUUGGAAAUCAGCUAUGUGAAGCUGAGAGAAUGA